UACCUAUUGCAUUACGUCGAUCAAGACGUAUACGAAAAGCACCAACUAGUGAACUUCCUUCUGCUACAUCUAGUCCAGCAAAAUCUGUUUCACAAACACCAACAAAAAAGAAAUUAACAAAUGGUAAAUGUAAAACUUCUAGUCAGACAAAUAUAAAAAUAUCUUCUCAAACAUCAAAAACGAAUGGUCGUCGUAAAGGUGGUGGUCGCCGUCGUCGUGGUCGUGGUAAUGGUAAAACAUCCAUGAAUGGAUGUUCAUCAAGUGACGAUGAACCUCAACCAUCAGAAGAUGAUGAUGAUUAUAAUUCUGAUGAUUAUUUACCUGAUCAAAAACAAGUAGAUGAAUUAAAUGAUGAAGAUUUAUUAGAAGAAGAAGAUGAUGAAUUUAUUCCACGUCGUUCAGCUAAAACAGUUGCUAAACGUCAUGGACAAAUGAAUGAAAAUAAUAUUGAAGAUUUACCAACAUCAUCAAGUUCAUGUUGUGUUUGUUCAAAAACUGAUCGACCUGAAUCAUUAUUAUUAUGUGAUGAUUGUGAUGAUGCAUAUCAUUUAGAAUGUCUUAAACCAAUAUUAUUAUCUGUACCAGAUGGUGAUUGGUAUUGUCCAUUAUGUGAACAUAAACGUUUAUGUGAUAAUUUAAUUGAAAAAUUAAUACAACUUAUAAAAGAACAUGAAGAACUUGAAAUAAAACGUAAUCAAUGUAUGUCAAAACGUAGUAAUCGUUUAGCUAAUGUUAUUGAUGAAGAAAAUGAAGAUGAAGAUGAAGAACAGGAACAAGAAGAAGAAAAUGACAAUGAUGAUGAUGAUGAUGAUAGUGUUUAUGGUUUUAAAGAUGAUGGUAGUAUAGAUGGUGAAGAAAAAUCAAAAAAUCGACGAGAUGAACAAACAGAAAAACUUGGUGUACGAUCAUGUAGAAGAAAACCACAAAACUAUCGUUUUGAUGAAUAUGAUAAAAAAAUGAAAGAAGCUAUGAUUGAAGCUGGAGUUAAUGGAGAUGAAAUUGAUAAAGAUUCAGAUGAAUCGAGUAAUGAAAAAAAGAAAAAAUCACCAAAAAAACGUGCUGGUUAUGAAAAAGAUGAAGAUUUUGAUGUAUCUGAUCCGAAAAAUGAUGAUGAAUUUGCACCUGAACCAAAUCGUUCGGGUGAAAGUGGAAGUGAAGAAGAGAAUUAUAAUGAUGACGAUGAUGAUGAUGAAUCAAGUGAUGAUGAUGAUGGUUGGAAAGGUAAACGUCGAUCAUCUUCAAGAAAAAAAUCAAAAUCAAAAUCUAAUCGUAGUAAAAGUCGUAAAUCAAAAAAUAAAUCUGAUGAUGAUGAUGAUGAUGAUGAUUCUCUUUCGGAAACUGAAUUAAGCAAUAUACAAACAAUGGAUACAACAAAAUCUGAUACAAUGAAUGAUACUGAUUUAAAUGAAAUAGGUAAUGAUGAUCGACGACGAUCAACACGAACAGCAGCUCAAAAAAGUUAUGCUAAACAACAAGACGAUGAUGAUGAUGAAGAUGAUGAUGAUGAUGAUGAUUUACUUGAAAAUGGUCGUCCACCACCACGACGUAUGCGUUAUAAAAAACGACGUGGUAGUGAUGAUUCAUUUGUUGAUGACGAUGAUGAUUAUGAAAAAUUAGCACGUAAACGUAAAAUAGUUAAAUAUGGAAAAUCAAUAACACGAUCAAGUAUAACAGAUCAUAUUAAAAAAUUAGUUGAUGAAGAUGAAGAACCAAAAGAAGAGAAACCUGCAGCAUCACCAUCACAAGAUCAAAUACCAGAAGAGAUAGACGAUGUUUCAAAACAACAAAAUAAAAUUCCACCUAAAGAAUAUGAAGAACAACAACCAUCAGAUGAUGAUGAUGAUUUUCCAGAUGAACAAGAAAUUUUCAAAGCUAAUGGUUUACUUAAAUUACAAAACAAUUUAACUGGCCCGAAACCUACUGGUUUUCGACCACCGUUUAUGGCUCCAACACAUUCAUAUCAACAUGCAAUUGUUGAUCCAACAGCACGUUUUGCAAUGAUUCGUCCACCAGUUCGACCAGCAAUAAAUAAUGGUUAUCCAUUAAAUGGGCUUAAUAAUAAUAAUCUAGGUGAAAAUCAACAGCCGAGUGAGUCAAACCAAGUCAAUGGCCAUAAUAGUCCAUCUUAA